UCCACGCGCACUCAUGGUUAUCUGAGGAGCAGAGCAGUUUGGGACACGGGUGCAUGCGCAAAGAGAGAAACUCAAUUUCUCUGGACUAAUCGCUCAGCUGAAAAUCUUUUUUUAUUAGACUUGUGUUUUAUUGUUUAUUUUGCACAGACUGAGCAGUAAAUACAAACAGAUCAAAAUGAUGACCAAACAAUUUGGAAAAAGUGGGGAUGUGAGUGAGCUGGUGAGCUCCCUCGGCUGGCUGGAGGAGGAUGACAGCAGUUCUCAGGAUGGAGAGGAAAGCCAUGGCCUGACUGUAGGUGGACGAAUCCGCUCCUGCACAGAACUGGGCAGUGAGGAUAUGGAGGAAGAGGAGGAGGAUGAUGAUGAUGAUGAUGAUGAUGAAGAGCAGGAGAUUGGACCAAAUGGAGAACAGGCUCCCAAACGGAGAGGCCCUAAGAAGAAGAAGAUGACCAAAGCAAGACAAGAGAGGUGUCGUACCCGGCGAGUCAAAGCCAACGCUAGAGAACGUUCACGCAUGCACGGGCUGAACGAUGCCCUGGAAAGUCUGCGCAAAGUGAUGCCCUGCUUCUCCAAGACACAGAAGCUGUCAAAGAUUGAGACUCUGCGGCUGGCACGCAACUAUAUCUGGGCUCUGUCGGAGUCGCUUGAGAAUGGCCAGUCCCCUGAGAGUCAUGGCUUUGUGGAGAUGAUGUGUAAAGGUCUGUCUCAGCCCACCAGUAACCUCGUGGCCGGCUGCUUGCAGCUGGGACCCAGUCCAAUGAUGCUCAACAAGAUGGACGAUAAGUGUGGAGGCCCGGGGGUGGGUGGGGUUGGGGUUCAGGCUAGCCAUCCCCUCAGCUACCCGUCUCCAGGCCUUCCCAGCCCCCCCUAUGGCUCCCUGGAGGCUUCCCACCUCCUGCAUAUGAAGGGAUUCAAAGGGCCUGUAUAUGACAACCCCUCCCCAAACGAGUGCAGCAGUGGCACUCCACCAUACGAUGGACCCCUCACUCCCCCCCUAAGCAUCAGUGGCAACUUUGCCCUGAAGCAGGAGCCCUCUCCCCGUGAGUCAGAGAGGAACUACUUAUCCCACCCUGGCCACCAUGCCCACUACCUCUCGUCCCACCAUUACCCCACUUCCACAACUGGCGGCCUCCCAGGAGGGCCUCAGGGCCAUCCACUUUUUCAAGCAUCCCGCUAUGAGCUGCCCCUGGACGUGGCCUUUGACCCCUUCACUUCCUCUCACCUGGUCGCCUCUCAGAUGGGCAGCAUGUGAAAUGUGACCAUGAAGACUUAAGAGGCCCAGUGACUCUGCUAUGAAAUUGGCCGGGCGAGAAGCACUGCUCUUGAAUGAACAGCUGUAAAAACGAUGGUCUAGGUAAAUGGUUUGCAUUAUGUUGUCUAGAACUCUGAGAGAGCACUGAACGCUCAGAGAGAGACUCACCACCUCAACUCAAUCUACCUGAUACAAACACGCACCCAUCAUUUUUUAUAUUUUAUUUAUGAUUAUAUUUCAUUUUGGUUUUAAUUAUUUCUAAAGAAGUUGCCCCAGUUGUUAGAGUGACGAAAGAUUAUUAGGCUAAAUCUGAUAUCCACACUAAAGCAUUACACAGAUGUUUCAAGUGUAGACAAUGAACAAUAAGGAUUUUGUUAGUGCAUGUCUGGAUAUUAAAAGAAAUUGAACAAAAAGUCAUAACCUAAAUUGUGCACCGAGGCCACACUUGCCAUAAGAAAACCCAAUGCAUUUAUUUAUAUCUGUAUUUAAUAUUUAUUUUGAUAAUGUCUUGUCCUUUUUAUAUUUUUUCAGCACUGUUUUUGUUUAACUGUUUUCUUGGUUUUGUUGUCAGUCACUAGCAGCUGUACUGUAACCGUAUUUAAUUUAUUUAUUUGAAGUCUUUCAGGUACUUA